CUCUCCGGCUCCCACUCCAUCGGCAUGGGCCGCUGCUUCUCCGUCCUCUUCCGCCUCUACAAUCAAUCCGGCACCGGCCGACCCGACCCCCACAUGGACACCCACCUCCGCUCCAACCUCGACCGCCUCUGCCCGCCCACUGGAGACGGCAACGUCACCGCCCGACUCGAUGCCACCCCUCUCAAGUUCGAUAACCAGUACUUCAAAGACCUUAGAAGGCUGCGAGGGUUCCUCAACUCCGACCAAACCCUGUUUUCCGACGACCGGAGGACGAGGGCCGUGGUGAAAAGAUACAGUCUUGAUCAGAAAGCUUUCUUUGCCGAUUUUGUGGAAGGGAUGGUGAGGUUGGGAGAUUUGCAGGUGGAUCAGCCUGGGGAGAUUAGGAGGAACUGCCGGGUGGUUAAUGGUGGGAAGGAGGAGGAGAAUGGAGAAGCUUUGGGGAGUUUUAGGCUGGAAGCUUAAGGAGGAGUUUAGUCCUUUGUUGCUGUCUCUAUACUGUAUGAAUUUGUACUUUUUUUUAAUGCUAUUUUGGAGAAAACUUGGGAUCAAAUCUCUUAUUUGCACUUUU